AAUAAAUGCCAUGGAUAAUGGAAAGAAAAUCCUUUAUUUUCAACAUUUUACACCAGCUUUCAUUAGGUCUGGAUCCAUGUACACAACAAACUAGACUUUUUUUUCUUCUUUCCCCUUUUCUCUCCCUUCUCUCUUGCAUUUGCUUACCUUCUCCGACGCGGUGAUUUUUUGGUCGGAAGCCUUUGAGCUUCCGACGUUUUGAUGCUUGAGCCGUUGGGGGAUCCCCGACCGCUCAAGCAUGCUGGAGCCGGCCUGUGCUCCAUCCUCCGAUGACCCUUCGGGGUCUGUCGGUUUAUGGGUCCCUUUCCGAUCCGGCGGCUUUCUGUCUUCUCCGGCGGAUCUGAGGUGGCGCGCACGAGGGCUUUCAGAUCUACGCCCACUGCGGCUCUCUGCUGGUUCCGAGGGUCUUCCGCCGCCAGAUCGGGUGACCGCACGGCAUCCUGGAGCCUGAUGCUAUUUCUUCAAGGGUAGAUUGAAGGGUGUCCCAUAUGGAUCGGUCGACCGAAGGCCGUGGUAUUUCCGGGGCGUUCGUGGUUGUUCGAGUGCUGAGUGCACCCCCUUCAGGCCUCUGGAU